AUUCAAUGGGCCAUAGUGCCAAGUAUGGUGCUUACUCUAUGUUCUGCAAUAGUAUUUCCAAAAUUGUCCAUUUUGAAAUCAGACAGUCAAAUCAGUCAGGUAGCAGCAAUGCCAUGGAAUUGGAUGGAGCUCAACGGUGCUUCCAAUUUCUGAAGGAUAAUGGACUGAAAAUUCCAAUAUUUAUCAGUGAUCGGCAUAAAGGGAUCGCAAAGUGGAUCAGAACUACUGAAAAGGAAACCCAACACUUCAAUGAUUUGUGGCAUGUUUCCAAAGGACUUUCCAAAAACAUCUUGAAAGCUAGCAAAGAAAAAGGAUGCGAGUUGUUGGCAUUGUGGAUGAAAGGUAUCCGUACCCAUUUGUAUUGGAGCGCUAUGUCUACAAAGAUGGGAUAUGGGGAUAUGAUUGUAGCGAAAUGGAAAUCCAUUGUCAGGCAUAUUGCAAACAAGCAUGAAAAUCACCCUGAUGAGUUGUUUCCACAAUGUGCUCAUGACGAACUUGAUGAUCGUCUUUGGAUUCAAAAUGGAACAAAAGCCUUCCAGCAGCUUUCCUCCAUUUUGCUAAAAAAAACAAUGCUAAAGGAUGUUAGACGACUAUCCUCUGAAGCACAAACCAGCUGCCUAGAAGGUUUUCAUUCAACAUUAAAUGGCUGGCAUCCAAAGAUGACCCACUUUUCAUGGCUUGGCACCUACUGCAGACACACCCUAGCAGUACUUCAUUUUAAUGAAAACCUUAACCGCCAACCGAAAACAACCAAAAAUGGAACACCGUAUUAUAGUGUGACAUACCCGAAAUUUAAAUUUGGGGAAGAAGUUGUGAGAACAGUUUCUUCAGCUCCAUCAUAUAGUAAGUGUGGUGAUGCUGAGCAAUGUGAAGAGGAAUCUAUAAUCAACCCCAGGUUUAACCAAAGUACUUUGAUAUUAUCUUUCCAGACUAUGUUAAUGAAAUAAAAAUGGU